GUAUUGAGUCGAACAGAACAUGGACGUAGAAAAGUUUUAUUCAUGCAAACGAUGGUGUAUUAAUGUAAAAUUAUAAGAAUUUCGGUACUAUAUUAUUGGAAAAAGUGAAUUUAUGAAUUAUAAUUGAAUGAAUUACAUAAUGUGCGUUUAAUAAAAAUUAAAAUAUCAGCAAAUAAUUACAGUUUGAAAAAAGUGAAAAGAUAUGCAAAAGCAGAAACUGGAAUUGCAAUAAUUGUGCCAUUGCAUUGGUGUGAGAAGGAGAUAGAUAGACUCGGCCAGUGAUGCAAGUGUGGCGAAAAAGUGUACGCAAAAAGGAGUUGGUUCUAUGAUUGUCAGCUGGGACUGUCAAAAAACGAAUGAAAACAGGAAAAUUUGCUUUUGUUUGUUAGUUUGUCUUCAUUCUUCCGCUGUCUACUUUAUGCAAAUUUGUUGUAAAAUUGAAUUAAUAAACGAAAAAAUUAGUAAGGAAUUUGAAUUGUGACAAAUGUGUAAUACUUUGAAGCGAAAGGUUUUUGGAUAAUAUGGAAAAAAAUCAUUAAUUUGGAUGUAAUGGGAUAAUGAAAACUCGUACAAAAAAAAAAUAGUUACAAAGACAUUCCACCAAUUGAGAAAAGAACACUGAAAAGUGAGUUCUGAUAAAAAUGGGAAGUGGUAAAUAGAGUAACGCGUUGAAAAGAAAAUUGAUGAAAAUGAAUUGAAUAAUAAUGGGAUACAAAGGGAAAACGAAAUCAAAAAAACGGGAACGAAUAAACGACGCACGACUUUAUCCAUCCACCACUAUACACGGGUAGGAAGAAAAGUGAUGCGAUAAAUCUAAAAUCUAUAGAAGAAAUGUGCUUCAGAGGCUAUAGAAAAAUUACAGAAAAAACGAUAAGCAACAAUUUUGGUUAUAAAGCCGAGUCAUAUCUCGACUACAAAAAAUAGCAAACCUCAUCUUUCUAACUUUAAAUUUAGCUUUUUCGCGUUCAAAAUGAGUCCAGAGAUCAGGUUGCAUUGUGUCGGAAAAAUAAUCGGAUAGGUACCUAAACCGCAUAUGUAUAUGCCAAGAGUAUGAGAACGACCUUAUUGGGUACAUCAAUAUCAUAUCGCCCAACAAAAACAAGCCGACAAAAUAAAAUCUCACUGAAAAUGGAAAGCCAUACGCCUUCUGCGAGGCAAAAAACAAAUGCUGAUCCAAUUUCGGAAAAGGCAGAGCAAGUAAAUCUCUUAAGUGAGGAAGAAGAAAAGGAUCCACUAGCAUUAGAUACAGCAAUUGAACAGCCCAGUUCACGAAAUAAGCUUUCAAAUAACGCUAAGCACAGUCAUAGUUUGCGACGCCAUGUUCCUCGUAUCAUAGUUAAACCUAUACCACCCGAGAAAAAGGUUACUGCUACGGCGACAGCCACGUUAAGUAGCAAUGCAUCAACAUCAACGACCGCUGCAACAACUGUGAUUAAUGCCACAAGUGGGAAGAAUACAACACCGAGCCCUUCAAGCCGUGCCACUAGCAGUCGACGUGCACAACAGCAAGCCAAAGCUGCAGCCGCCGCCGCCGCUGCUGCCAGUGCCGCGGCUGCUGCCGCCGCAUCAUCGGCAUCUCUACCCACACCCAUAACCGCCAUCACACAAGCGUCCACAAUGCGCGAAGUGCUCGCAUCUAUACCAGGCUUUAGUUUUAAACCACGUAGACGUUCUUCCAAGAAAAUUUCCACAGCUGCUCAAAUUGAGCAAACAAAAGAUGGAAAAAUAGACCUGGAAACACCAGAUUCAAUAUUAGCAUCAACCAAUUUGAGAGCCUUACUCAACAAACAAACAUUUUCUAUGCUGCCUCCACUAUAUCAGUAUAACCUCAUACAGUUGUUACCAAGCGUAGAUCGCGAAGCUAUAGAAAUAGAGCGUAAGACCAACACUGAUUCCACCGUAACUAUGGAUUCUAUAAAGUUGGGUCCAUCCAGCUUAAAUAAUGAGUUCUUUGCACGUGCCUGCUUAGAGUGGCGUGAGCGUUUAGCGGAAGGUGAAUUCACGCCCGAAAAUCAAAUGAAAAUGAAAACGGAAGCCGAGCGAGAAAAGAAUAAAUUGGAUCCAUGGAAAUUAAAACAUUUUGAACCGAUAUGGGGUGAGAAAUCCUAUAAUCGCGCCAGUAGCACUAGUAGCAAUAGCAGCAAUAUAAGUUAUAGUAGUGGAAAAAGCAGUGAUAGUUAUAAUAAUUUAAUGGAUGAACGGCUGGAAUUCAAAUUGGAGAGCAAAGGUGGGUUGGUGGCGACCAUUGUUAAGACAUCUGCGAAAGCGUCAACGGCCCCCUCUACAUCAAAAGCCGUAACAGCCGUUUCAGCCAUGUCGACAACGAAUACAACUGUGACUUCGGCAGCAAGUACUGAAAGUGCUGAGAAUACAACAUCAUCAUCUUCUGUUGACAUUAAAGAGGAGGAUGAAGAAUUUAUUGAUGAAUCGAUUGCCAGCACUAAUGUGAAUUCAAUAAAAAGCGAGCAGGAAAUACAACUCGAUGAGCUGCGACAGCAAGAACAAACUAGAUCUUCGACGACGAUGGAUUAUGAAAAACAGACUGACACAAUUUGCGAUGUGGAUAACAUUGGCUGCACAGAUUCAUCGUCUACAUUUGAUCUAUUGCGUUCAGAAUGCAGUAAUGUUCAAAUGGAAACGCCAGUUGAAGAAUCUGAGAUAACCUUAGCGCUAGCCUCAUUAGAUCGUGAAAGGCAAAUUAUUGAUUGUGGGGGUAGCGGCAAUAUUCGUAAGCGUUCCGAGUCUGAUUUUAACUAUGAAAAUCGCACACAAAGUAAACAAAUGAAAAUGGAAAUGGCACAGGCGCAACAACAACAACAACAACAACAGCAGCAGCAGCAGCAGCAGCUACAACUACAGCAAAUGCAUCAACAACAACCUGAAUAUGACAUAACUGACGCUACAACAAGCGAAAAACAAGAUACCAGCCACGCUAUUAGCGUUGAGCUUAAAAACACACUUUCAUCCUCGGUAUCAUCCGCUGCAUCAUGCUCACAAGAAUUGAGUGGUGGCAGUAAUAGUUUAGCAACUAGUUCAUCUGCAAUAAAAGCGCCCACCAACGAAAGUUUUUUGUAUAACAGUAAUCUGUAUAAUACGAAAUUCGAACAGCAACCCAACGCAGAAAUGCUGCUGAAAGAUAGUUUGAUGUCUUCAGUUAGUAGUGACGAAACCGCCGCUGUUGGCAAUAAUAUCAGUGAUAUUAGUUUGAAAACAGCAAAUUUCCUACAAAACCAAGAGACAUCAUUUGCUUCAGCAGCAGCAGCCGCAGCCGCAGUCGCAGCCGCAGCUAUAGCAUCAGUGGGAAAUAGUACCUGUAACAGUAUUGCAGCCCUUUUGCCAGGCACCUCAACGUAUGUGAAUGUUAAUGCAGUGUCAUUACCAGUAUCAUCGUCAUCGUCAUCACCCAGACUAAGCGGUGGUCUACCGUUGCAAAGUUUCGCCACCUCACAGGGCAAACAAUUGAAUGCCUGUUCGAUAAUCUCACUAGAAGAUGGUGAUGAUGACGAUGACGAGCUGAUCGAACAAAAAUUUGCUGAUGCACAAAAUUAUGUAUUAGAAUCGGGCGAAGUUAGUACCGAUAGUAGUGCAGGUGCAAACAGUGCUUUACUUACGCCCAUCGACAGCGGUAAUACAAAGGAGAAGAAAUUCAUUUUCUGUGAUUCAGUUGAUCAAGCCACAACUUCUCAAGCUUGCGACAAUCUCUUCGAAAAUAAACAAGACAUUGGAAGUUGCAUUUCAUCGGUGGCCACAUCAUCUGCCUCUUUAUCCUCUUCGUCCUCCUCAUCUUCAAUGAACUCAGCACCGGCUACGAGUGGCGAAAUUAUAUAUACACCAACGGCUCAACUGCCACUUAAUCCACGAGUUACGUCCGAGCAAAAGCAGCAACAGCAACAACAACAUCAGCAUCAGCAAAUAAUAUUGUCGAUGACGGGGGGUGGUGGUGGUGGUGGUGAGAAGAGUGAGGAUUUGUUUCAUCAUGUACAACACGAUUGGAACUUUGGUGGCAUAAAAUUGCAACAACCAACAGAAGCGGCAUCGAGUAGUUUUAACGGUGUGAUACAAACGCAUCAAGGCGUUAUAAAAAUGAAAAAUAUAAAUACGAUAUCAGUUGAAGAGGAUGCGGCUAUGCCAAGCGUGGAUGCAGCUCAAACUGGUGAGGUCAUAGAGUGUAUGCGUGUUGAAGAUGGUUGCGACGAUGCAACGGCGGCGGCUACAGCAGCGGCGAUUAUUAAUUGUAGAGUUGUUGGUGUUGGUGGAGUUGGUGAGGAUAAUGGUGAUCUUGGGGCGGAGGUUGACGAUGAUGAUGAUGAUGAAGCGGAGGAGGAUGAAGACGAUGAUGAUGCAGAUGAUAAUGAUGCUGUACGUGAUAUAGUUGAUGAGUUGCAACAGCAGCAUAGACAACUACUUAAAGACCAGCAACAAUUGCUACAACAACAACAACAACAACAGCAACAACAACAACAACAACAGCUGGAUGAACAACAAGAUUUGCGUGAACAGGAGAAUACGCAACAACGUGGCCAUUUAACUUACGAGAACGCCAACGAUUACGAGUUGGACUCGGAUAUGAUUUGUGAUGUGCAAAUGUCAGCCAACGAAAUGGAAGUCUCCAGCACGGUCAUAACAAAUAGCAAUUCGGACGAUAGUGUCAAUGAGUUGAAUAUGAUGGCCGGCAAUAGUCGCCUCGAAAGUACUGCCGGCAUUGCUAGUAGCGUUGGCAAUGUCACCAUACAAUUGAGCACGUCCCCACCGACAAGUAUAGGUCAUUUGCAACAACAACAGCAUCAACAACACCAACAGCAGCAGCAGCAAUCGCAACCAACACAACCAGCCACAGAGCGUCAAAGUGCGCCACAGCGGCAAAUACUCGUUGACACAAAUGGACAAAUUAUUGGCAAUUUUCUGGUGCAGCAUCAACAACAACAACAGCAGCAGCAGCAACAGCAACAUUUUGAGCAUCAACAGCAGCUGUUACAACAUGCAACACAGCAAUUCACAUUUCAGGCAGCACAACCACAACCACAACAACAACAGCAACCGCAGACUAUAGCGCUUGCGACACAACAACAGCCACAACAGCAGCAGCAGCAGCAACAUCAUGUGCAGCAACAACAACAUGCACAAAAAACUCAUCACAUUUCUUCAUCGCUGUCGACAAUCCGUAAAGCAAUUGAAAUGAGCACAAAUGGUCAGCACUUUCUAUCGGCUGGUGGCCUAACACCACAGCAGCAGCAUAUCGGGCAACAAUUGGUGCUGACGCAGCAGCAAACCCCACAACAACGGCACUUUUUGACUCAACCACAAGUUCCUACGGUGUCUGCUAGUCCAACACAUCAGCAGCAACAACAUCAGCUUCAAGUGCAGCAACAGCUUCAGCGCUUUCAGCAGCAGCAGCAGCAACAACAGCAACAGACUCAACAUAUGCCCGCCUUUCAAUCAUUAGCCACUCAAGCCCAAACGAAUGCUGCCAAAUAUAUCUCGAAGCAAAUGAAUCUGAUCACAAUGUCACGCGCCGCGAACGCCGCCACAGUUGGUAGCGCCGCUGCCAGCAUCGCAUCUGUAGCUAUACCGGCUGGCACAGCUGUAAGUACCUACCCGCCUUUUAGCAACGCCAUCACCAACGCCACUCGUGCCGCGGAGCUGAUUGCCAACGCUGCAGCAAGUGUUAGUAAUGCGAGCACUUCGAAUGUCAGCGUGGCAAAUGUCUUGAAAGGUCUAACGGCCGCUGGCAUUCCAAGUACAAUCGCCCAACAGCGGCCAACAAAUAAAUUACCAACCACCGCUAAAGGACGUAAAACAGUAAAUAAAUUACCGCCCGGUGCCGUUAAUUUAGAACGCAGCUAUCAAAUCUGUCAAGCAGUGAUCCAAAACAGUCCAAAUCGUGAAAAUCUCAAAGCACAAUUACGACCACCAUCGGCUAUAUUAAAUCAGCAACAGCAGCAGCCACCGCCACAGCCGCAGCCCCAACCUCAGCCUCAACAACAACUGGUACAGAGUAAUAUAGCAACACCAAUGACGCUGCAGGCCACUAGCGCAGUACCAGUAGCGGCAUCAUCGCCCGCCAUAUCCCUAUCAUCUGCGGCACCUGCUGUAACUGGCGCUUCGUCAUCGCAAAAUUUUAUUAAACAAGAGGACUUAUCAAGCAUUCCUGCAAAUAUAAUGGGUGUUGGGCGACCCGGCGUGUAUAAGGUUUUCGGUCCGCGUAUGGGAUUCCCACGUAAAAAGUAUGUUCAGCGGAAACCCUCGCCCACCCUCAUACGGCAUAUUUUCACACCGCAAACGGCGAAUACAUUACAUGCCAAUGUAACGGCUAAUCCACGCUUACAACAACAAUUGACGGCAGCAGCUGCUGUUCAACAUCAGCAACAGCAACAUGACCUACAUCAAAAUGGUACGGGCGGUGUAGGUAGUGUGGGCGGAGGAGGUGGUGGUGGUGUUGGUGGUGUUGGUGGCAAUGGACAAUAUGUUUUGGUACAUCGUGCAAAUGUUGGUGCAGCUGAUAAUCAAGCGCCACGAGCGUCCAGCGCACCGCCAGUACCACAAACAGCACAGAGUCAACUGCACAAUAUGAAUGGCAUGCCGAUAACAGGACGCGGGCGUCCUGCCUCUGUCGAUAUUGAUGCAUCAAAUGCGAUGCUUGACCAUAACAAUGUGCAGCAACUACAUCCUCAACUACACCAUCUACAUCAUCAUCAGCAACAACAACAACAAAUUAAUGCUAUAAAAACAAAUACAACAGCUGGCAUGAUGCGUCGAAAUUUUACUGCCGGCAAUAUAACUUAUAUCGAUAAUUUAAGUGGAGCAGCCGCAGCCAUAGCCGAUGGCAAUUACAUAGUAACUACAACCAAUGCCGGAACACUGGAUGCCGAACAAUUGGUAAGCAAAGCCGUUGCUGUAGCUGCCGCUGCGACGAGUGGAGGUAAUGGAGGCGUAAGCGUUGGCGGUGCCGUUGCCGUUGCAGCCGGCGGUGGUAGUGGUAGUGGUGGUGGUGGUGGUGGCGGCGGCGGCGGCAUUGGUAGUAACAAUAUCAUCACACGUACCGACGCUGACAAUUGUGCCUGUUCAUUAAACGCAAUGGUUAUUUGUCAACAAUGUGGCGCAUUCUGUCAUGACGAUUGUAUGAGUGCAUCGAAGGUGUGUGUCUCUUGUGUGAUCAGAUGAGAGGAUGAAGUCUCUAUAAUAACCUUUUAGGCCUUGCGCACAUGUAGUAGAAGUAUUUGUGGUUCUGCACUUAACAAAAUACAACAAUAGUUAUAUAUACAUAUAUAAAUAAACAAAUAUAUAUAUAUAUAUAGUAUAUAUUGUA